AUGCUUCUUAUAGUAUUUACAGGAGUAUUGGCUUUGUUUUUAACAGUACUAUUCUCUAAGAAAGUCAUACAAAGGAAGAAUGCAGUGUGUUUGUCUGUUAAAAGGCCCAAAUGGGUCUUUAUUAUAAAUAUGUAUGGUUGUGUUCCAAAGGAAACAAUUGAAAAAUUAGGAAAAACACAUGAUAUUAAAUUAACUGUCCAAGAAACAGAUCAGGAUACGUUUCAAAGCAAUCAUGCAAAGUUUUGUAAAAUGAUAGGUGAAUCUAAAACAAAGGUUCCAUAUAAUGAGAUAGUUGAAUUUAUAUCCAAAAAUAAGUCUGUUUUUCCUGAUAUAGUCAUACUGUGCUCAGAUACUACUGUCUUUAAGACAAAUUCGCCUUUUCUUUUAUAUUCUGCAGAAGUUCUACAUUUUAGAAAGAAUUUUUCUAGUGAUGUACUAGAAAGCGCACUAAACCACUAUUCCUUAUGCGAAGUUAGAAAUGGAAAAUAG